AAAUCAUGUAAGUGAUGGGUUGGCUAUAAAUACAUGGAUCUUGAUUUAUGAUCUGAGUCAUAUAAAACCAUUAAGCAAUAAUCAACAACGAUGUUGGUGGUCGUUAGAGUGGUGGUGUGUGUGCACAUAUUUAUGCUGUUUCACUUUGCAUGUUUGUCUUCUCAUUCAUGCCAUCCAAAAGAGAGUUCUGCCUUGUUUCACUUCAAGACCCAACUUAUUACUAACAUUACAUUUUUUGAUGGAUGGUAUGAGCAUGAAUGCCCCAAUGCUUAUCCAAAGAUGAGUACGUGGGAGAAUGGGACAGAUUGUUGUUCAUGGAUGGGUGUCACGUGUGAUUCUCUGUCUGGUCACGUGAUUGGCCUCGAUCUAAGUUGCAGUGCACUUAUAGGUAUAAUCCAUCCUAACAGUACACUUUUCCAUCUUACUCAUCUCCAAACCCUCAACUUUGCUCACAAUAAUAUCUAUAAUUCUCAAUUGCCAUCUCAGCUUGCUGAGUUUGUGAGUCUCACACACUUGAAUUUAUCUUAUUGUGAUUUCAAAGGUGAAAUUCCUUCCCAAAUCUCACACCUUUCUAAAUUACAGUCACUUGAUCUCUCUUGGAAUUUUCGUUUAAAGUGGAAAGAAACCACUUGGAAGAGAAUGUUGCAAAAUGCAACUGCUUUGCCUGAGAUUAUAUUGGAUGAAACAGACAUGUCUUCCAUUAGCAUAACACCAAGUCAUUUGUCCAAUUGGUCUUUCUCUUUCUCUUUGGUUACUCUUAGUCUUGUUUUUACAGGAAUAAGCGGAAACUUGACAAGUCACAUUCUUUGUUUUCCCGAUCUUUAUGAGCUCAAUCUAUCUGAAAACAGCAACAUUCAAGUUCAUGUUCCAAAGUUGAAUUGCAAUACUUCUCUUAAGUUUUUAGAUCUUUCAUGGUGUCAAUUCUCAGGAUCACAAAUCCCUUCUUCCUUUUCUAACCUCGCACAUCUAACUUCUUUGUACUUGUCUGGAAGUGAAUCCAAUGGUUCAAUCCCAUCCUGGCUCUCAAAUCUUCAACUUCUCACUCACUUGGACCUUUCACACAAUGGAUUUAGUGGCUCAAUCCCAUCAUUACUCUCAAACCUUCAACAUCUCACUCACUUGGACCUUUCAAGAAAUAGAUUUAGUGGCUCAAUCCCAUCGUUACUCACAAACCUUCAGCAUCUCACUCACUUGGACCUUUCAUUCAAUAGAUUUAGUGGUUCAAUCCCAUCAUUUCUCUCAAUCCUACUCUCAAACAUUUCACAUCUCACUCACUUGGACCUUUCAUACAAUAGAUUUAAUGGUCGAUUUCCAAAAGUACUUGGUCAAUUGACCAAAUUACAAACACUCAUUCUUGCAGGUAACAAUCUAGGAGGGAAGUUAUUGCUAUCUUCAUUAGCUAACAAGUUUCAGGGAUCUCUACCUAACAAAAUAACAGGUUUUUCAAGUUUGACUGAAUUGAUUUUAAAUGAUAACUUGCUAAAUGGGACAAUUCCAUCUUGGUGUUUCUCUUUACCAUUUUUGACAUCCUUAGAUCUAUCAAAUAAUCAGUUUAUUGGGCACAUAAGACCAAUCUCAUCCCAUUCCUUGAAGUAUCUAUAUUUGUGUGGGAAUAAGUUACAAGGAAAUAUUCCAGAAUCAAUGUUUAACCUUGUAAACCUCAAUAACUUAUGUUUGUCAUCAGGCAAGUGGAGUAAUUCUCUUCACUUUCCACUUUUCUCCAAGCUUCACAAGCUUCAAAACCUUGAAGUUCUUUCUCUCUCAGGGUUUAAUUCAUCGUUAAUAGAUUCUGAAACAAAUGGCAGAUACAAUGAGUUUGACAAUGAGUUUGUCAACCUAAUAGCAUUGCAGUUGCUUCAAAUCGAUUUAACUAAUUUUUCCAAAAUACCGUGGAAAUUUCCUAAUUUAGGAACUCUAGAAUUAUCAGAAAAUAAACUUAGUGGAAAAGUUCCCAAAUGGAUACAUGAUUUACAUUCAUUAGAUCAUUUGGAACUUUCACAUAACCAGUUGUCAUCAAUAGGCCAAUUCCCAUGGUACCAACUUGUAUACCUUGACCUGAGUUUCAACCUGCUAACUGAUGACAAUAUUUCCUUCCUUUGCAAUGCAACUUCUCUCCAGAUUAUCAACUUGUCGCACAAUAAGUUCAGAGGCACCAUUCCACAAUGUGUUGCCAAUUUAUCUUCCCUUUAUGUUUUGGAUCUACAGACAAACAAAUUUCAUGGCACUUUGCCAAGUAACUUCUCCAGGAAUCUCAACACAUUGAAUCUCAAUGGGAACCAAUUAGAAGGUCAUUUGCCUAGAUCUCUGUCCAACUGCAAAGAUUUGAUGGAUUUGAAUCUUGGCGACAAUCAGAUUGAGGAUACAUUUCCACAUUGGCUUCAAAGUUUACGGAUUUUGGAAAUAUUGGUUUUAGGAUCCAACAAGUUUUAUGGGCCGAUAGUGAGCUUCAAAACCAAAGAUGUGUUUCCCAGUUUACUCAUUCUUGAUAUCUCAUCCAAUAACUUUAGUGGCCUAUUACCAAAAGCCUACAUAAAAAGUUUCCAAGCUAUGAAGAUUGUUGUUCUAGCAGACGUGCAAAGUAAUUUCUAUUACAUGCAAAGUGGUUCUGCCUUUGUAAUAAACAACAUCAUUGUCCUAGAAUAUCAUGAUUCUGUGACUGCAACAAUGAAAGGGCUUAGAACCGAUUUUGAGAAAAUUCCAAACGUUCUUGUAAGUAUUGAUUUAUCAAGUAACAGAUUUGAAGGAAAGAUUCCAGAUGAGUUUGGAGAACUUGGUGCACUCAUAGGACUCAACCUUUCACAUAACAACUUCAUUGGUCCUAUUCCCCACUCUCUGGGAAAUUUGACAAACCUCGAAUCACUGGACCUCUCUUCAAAUAUGCUCGAUGGAGAAAUUCCUGCUGAGUUGACCAAUCUUAACUUUCUUGCAUCCUUGAAUCUUUCCAACAAUCAUCUUGAGGGAUCAAUACCUCGAGGAAAACAGUUUGAUAUAUUUUCAAACAAUUCCUAUCAGGAAAACAUGGGGCUGUGUGGAUUUCCAUUGUCAAUUCAAUGCAACAACAAUGUCCCUCAACAGCAAUAUCCAUCUUCUGAGGCUGAAGACAAGUUUGGGUUUGGUUGGAAACCAGUGGCAAUAGGAUAUGCAUGUGGAAUGGUAUUUGGAAUUGGCUUGGGAUGCUGUGUUUUCUCAAUUGGAAAGCCUCAAUGGCUUGUGAUCAUCUUUGGAGGCAAAAGAAUUAAAAGGAGGAGCCGUGGAAACCGGCGUGCAAGAACAACUUAGUGGCCACAACUUCUGCAUGAGAAAUCUGUUUCAGGUUUUUGUUGUAACAUAAAUGUGCAAUAAUUAAGUUUGUAUGUUAUGCUGCUGUGUCUUUUUAUAUUUCGUUUGAGGCUUUAAUUUGGUUGUUUCUGUUUAUGUAUUUUUAUAUUUGUAAGUGUAUUCUUACACAUAUAUGAUGC